UCGCAGCUAAUAUUCACCAAAACUAGACUAUUACUCUACGGUCCACUUAAAAGGCUACUGUACGGGCUAAUGUGCACAUUUGUAGCCAUAUGCCAACUCGUGUCUGAAUGAUCAUGCCACCAUAUAGGCAUUUGGAUCAUGGGUACAGCUUAAUACGUGCCACUGAGUUCAAUGUAAAUGCUAAUACGCUGUUACUGAUGAUGUAGAGCUAGUCCAUGCCUAUGGGAUGGGUAUUCAGAGGCGGUCAACGAGAUAAGGGCUCAACAAUAUGGCAGAAGAGAACAAAAAGAACUUUUUGGAUUAUGCUGCCAAUUUUUUAAAAGGUCUUAGUUUGAUGCAGCCUUUGAAUUUGUGCCUGCUGGGUUCGUCGUUUGCCAUGCAGCGGUUCGGAUAUGGCCCUGAUGCAGUCGGAAUAUUUAUUGGAAUGUGUCAUAAUUCCAUGGAACUAUUUUAUUUGUUCUCUGCAUUAGGAGUUUUGGUUAUUUUUACUUCUUUCCAAUCGUACGGUGAAAAAACAAAGAAUAUACAAAGGUACUGUUCCAUUGUGGUUUCCUGGAUUAUUGUCGCCGUUAAUGUCGUUAUCCUGAAAGCGUUUGCUUGGGGAGAAGGUAAUUCAAAUGUAGUCCUUUACUAUUGGGCAUUGGUGGUUGCUAACUUCGUAGCAGGUAUAGAUGAUAUGAUUAUCUACGACAUCUCAUCGGAUAACAUACCAUCAUAUGACCUCGGUGCAUCCUGUACCGGUAUAUUCGUGGCCUUCUUGCAUGGUAUCACGAUAUUCAUUCUGCAGAAGAUUGGUAAGGAUGUGAAUUAUUGGCUGGUGUUAACGAACAUUGUUGUUAUGUUGACUCUAUCAUUUAUUGUGGCCAUCGUGUGGAGUUAUUAUAUUCACACCAAGGUGGGUCAAACUUUGGGCACCGCACAAACAACCAGUGGAAAUGGAGCUUCGAAAUGCGAUGGCAACUGUUCAUUUUGGGAUGCAUAUUGUGGCGCAUUUCCUAUGAUGGCAGCUAGUACCGUAGGCUAUGGGUUUAUAUUUGUAGUCUAUCCCCUCAUUUCUCCAUUCGAGAUGGUAACGUUUGAACACAGAUAUCCAAUUCAAAGUCUGUGCACUAUCUUUCAUGCAAUCUCUGGUAUAAGUAUAUGGUUCCUUGCUAGGUAUGCGGGACUGAGUGACAAGUGGGAAAAGGACAAACGUUAUUAUUACCUACUAUAUCUCCUUUUCAUUCCAUAUCUGGGCAUAGGGAUAAUGUUUAUUGUGAUUAUGCACUACCCGUUGUCGUCAAUAGCAAAGCUUGUUCGUAUGAAGCCGCUGAUUGUAGGAUUCCUAACAGUACUCUUCUAUUUUUCCGGUAGAGUAGUAAUCAACUCAUCCACUGCAGCCAUUGAUGGGAAUGCAAAGCCCUCAAAUGGUGCAAGUGAAGGUAAAGAAUGUAAAUGUCAACAUGGCUCCACUUUGUCUUCAGUAAAUUUAGGUAUAAACCUUCUUGUUUUGAACAUUACCAAGUAUAUAUCGGAAGCUUAUAUACAACAAUUUAUAACAACAAGAGAUGCUUACAAGCCUGGAGAACCAUGGCCAACUGAAGGAAUGAGCGUAACGGAUGGUUUCCUAUACUGGUUGUUCAUCGGUAUAGAAGAAGGCUUUGUAAGCUUUAAGGAAUCGUUUGACCAGAAUGUCAAGGGUAAGCUGGAGCAUACCCUUAUGGAAAUGAAUUCCGAAUUUUAAUAAUGUGGUUGUACAAGGAGCACAGUAUUUGUCCUAGUGAGCCAUCGCAUAUUUGGUCGGUAACACAUGUAACUUCUCGGGCGUAAUA